AUGACCUCUGUGCUGACGAUGUGUCCCCAGGAGGUGGUGCAGCGUUUCUGCUUGACAGACGUUUCCCAGCAGUCUCUGAGACGGAGGAGGCCGAGCGAGAUCCCGACUCACUGCGUCCUGGCUGACGAGGAGUUUCUGCCGUUCAAAGAAAACACCUUCGACCUGGUAGUGAGCAGCUUGGCUCUGCACUGGAUCAACGACCUGCCCGGCGCUCUCAGACAGAUCCACCAGGUGCUGAAGCCGGACGGGGUGUUCAUCGGAGCGAUGGUGGGUGGCGAGACGCUCUACGAGCUGCGCUGUUCCCUGCAGCUGGCCGAGACGGAGCGGGAGGGCGGGUUCUCGCCCCACAUCUCCCCCUACACCGCCGUCACCGACCUGGGAAACCUGCUGGGCCAAGCUGGCUUCAACAUGCUCACUGUGGACAUCGAUGAGAUUCAGGUUCAUUAUCCAGGAAUCAUGGAAGUCAUGACGGAUUUACAAGGUAUGGGUGAGAGUAACUGCGCGUGGAACAGGAAGUCGCUGCUGCACAGAGACACCAUCUUAGCAGCAGCAGCGAUUUACAAAGAGAUGUACGGCAGCGAGGACGGCUCCGUCCCCGCCACCUUUGAGAUCCUCUACAUGAUUGGCUGGAAGCCUCACGAGUCUCAGGCCAAACCGGCGAAGCGAGGCUCGGCCACCGCGUCGUUUGGAGAUUUAUCAAAGACCGGCCGACCGAGCGGCACGGACCAACCGUAGAGCCUCGGCGCCGACUGUAGACGCCAUAUUUAAUGAAAAUAAAAUGUUUUAGAGGCAAGAAACAUGAACUCUGAUGUACAGAAGACAAAUAUGAUGUUGUAAGAGUUUGUCUUUGACAGGAAGUUGUCUAAAAAUAAAAGCUGACACAUGUGUUCACGUGGCUGAAA